UCCUCUAUCUCGCACCACCUAUAAAACCCUUCCAUCAGUUGGCACUUCCUUCUCAACAACACGAGUUGCUUGUAAGUCGCAAAUUGAUCAGAGGCAGCAAGGAAACACACACCCACACCCACACACACACACACACACACAUGGGAUCCUUGGGCCCUGCCGUGAGCGUGAGGAUGGCCAAGGCCAACGGCGGCCAGAAGCAGCAGCAAAAGCAGGAGCGCGGCACGUUCAGCUGCGGCUUCCAGAUGCCGCUGCACUACCCGCGGUAUAGGAAGGCGGACUACGAGGCGAUGCCAGAGUGGCGCGUCGACUGCCUGCUCCGAGAGUACGGCCUCCCCGUCGCCGGUGACAUCGAGGAGAAGAGGAGGUUCGCCAUGGGCGCGUUCCUCUGGCCCGGUCAGUAUUGAACUAUUGAUUCACUUUGUUACGUAUUGCCACUCGGAGCAGAGGCCGAUCAGCAAGCUAGCGCCUAGCACUCGCAGAGAGCCACUGACUGAUCAGCAAUGGCAGCAGCUGCAUCACGUCAUGAAGAAGACCUCGUGCCGAUACGAUAUUCCUAUCUAUCACCUAAUCGUAAUCUCCAGUUGUCCAUAGACAAAAUAUGUUUCUUGGAGCAGUUCUGAUGCUCUUACGUGUAAGCAGUACUGAAGAUGGUGUUGUUUCUGAUGUUCGUACAUGUAAUGUAAUGCUUUCUAUGUACGUCCGACGUUUAUCGUUUUGCUCUGCAGUUCUGAGCUUUGUUUGA